UUUAUAGGCGUAGUUGUGUUUUUUAUUCCGGGAGAGAGGCCGCAAGAUGGAGGAAAACAUCGACGUCUGCAUCCGCGUCCGGCCGCUCAACGAGCGCGAGAAGCGCAACAAGGACGUGAGCGUCCUGCGCGUCCUCCCGGCGCUCAAUGCGAUCUCGAUCACGGACCGCCAUGGCACGCCGCUGCAGGGCCCGACCGCGGUCUUCCAGUACGACCACAUCUUCCAGCAGCGCGUGCCCACGAGCACGAUCUACGACCAAGUCGCCAAGCGCAUCGUGCUCUCGACGCUCAUGGGCGUGAAUGGCACCAUCUUCGCGUACGGCCAGACCUCGUCCGGGAAGACGCACACGAUGACGGGCGAGGCGGCCGAGCCGGGCAUCCUCCCGCUGGCCGUGCAGCACAUCUUCCAGUACAUUGCCGACUCGACAGACCGCGACUUCCUCAUCCGCGUCUCGUACGUUGAGAUUUACAACGAAGUCAUUCGCGACCUCCUCUGCGACGACAAGGACAAGGGCCAGAACGUCAAGAUCCGCGAAGACCCGAAAAAAGGCAUCUACCUCGAGGCGCACGAGGAGUUCAUUACGGACUUUGAUACGAUCAUGCGCCUCGUCGACCAAGGCAACGCGCGCCGCGCCGUGGGCCAAACCUCCAUGAACGAGCACUCGAGCCGGUCCCAUAGCAUCUUCCAGAUCGUGAUCGAGUCCAAGGAGCGCGGGCCCGAGAAGGACGACGGCGUCGCGUACCUCGUCGGCGUCCUCAACCUUGUGGAUCUCGCGGGCUCGGAGAGCGUCCGCCACACGUCGUCGGAAGGGGCGCGGCAGCGCGAGGCCGGCAACAUCAACCGGUCGCUGCUCACGCUCGCACGCGUCAUCAACUCGCUCGCACAGGGGCCCGAGAGCGUCCAGAACGCGCCGUUCCGAGACUCGAAGCUCACGCGUCUCCUCCAAAACUCGCUCGCUGGCUCGACGCGAACGCUCAUCAUUUGCUGCGUGACGCCGUCGGACCGCCACCUCGAAGAGUCCAAGAGCACGUUGCAGUUUGCAGCCCGCGCCAAGACGAUCCAGAUGAGCGCGACGGUCAACGAAGUGCUGGACGACCACGCACAGAUGCAGCGGCUCCAGCGCGAAGUCAACGAGCUCCGGAAGAAGCUGCUGGGCGACGUGUCGUUCAACGCGCUUCUGGCUGAAAACCAAGCACUUUCGGAAGAGAAGCGGCGGCAGCAAGAGAAGAUCGAGCGGCUCCAAGGGCUCAUUGUCACGGGCCGCGCGUCGCUCGAGCCCAUCGACAUGAAGAAGACCAAAACCAAGCGCGCGAGAGAGACGUGGGGCCCUGGCGAGAUUGCAGCCGUUGCGACGGCCGCCCGGCACGGGUUUACGACAUACGACGAGGAAGAGAAGGAAGAAGGCAGCGUCGCCAAGAAGCGCAAGGGCCGGUACUCGGAGGGUAGCGUCGUCGACGCGGCCAUUGCGAUCGAGCACGCACGCACGGUCGAGCUCCUCAAGCGCGAGCUGGCCCAAGUCAAGCUGGCGCUCGAGGACAGCAAGGCGCAGCCGCCUGCAUGCGCGCACUGUAUCGCGGCGGACGAGUCGGUCCGCGACUUUGAAGCGCUUUUGGAAACCAUGUCGGCCGACCGCGCGAACCUCAAGGAGAAGCUGACCGCAAGCGAAGCUGCCGUCGCGGAGCUGCAAGCCAGUGUGGACGCGUCGACGAGCACGAUUGCGAGCUUGGAAGAGAAGCUGGACGAGCAAACCAAGAUUGCUGCGGCGUUUGAGGAACUCCUGGAGAACGCAUCCCAGACCAGGAACGACCUCGAAGAAGCGUACAACGACGAGGUCGAGAAGGUCAAGGCGCUGGAGGCGCAGGUGGGCGACGUUGAGAAGGUCGCGAGCCUCCAGUCGCGCUUGGAGGAGCAAAACCACUACAUGGAAGAGCUCGAGAAGACCCAUGCGCAUCUGCGACUCCACUACGAGUCGGAGCUGGAAGCGCUCCGUGGUCCGCCCAAGGAGCCAGAGCUCGUGGCCCAGCUCCAGAGCGCGCUGGACGAGGCCGAGAACAAACUCACGCAAGCGCUCGCCGACGCGGCAGCUGCGCAGGAGAAGUGGGAGCUCCAGAUCCAAGCGCUUCAGUCCGAGAACGAGGCGCUGGCGUCCGCCAACGACAGUGCGCAGGACGCGGCGGCCAUCCAGAUGGAAAAGGAAGCGAUCCAGUUCCAGCUUGAGGCGCUGCAGCGGCAGCUCGAUGCCGAGCUCGAGCGCCGCGUUGACGACGACACCGAGUGGGCGGCCAAGGUCGACCAGCUCACGCAAGACGUCACGACGCUGGCCGAGCAGCUCCAAGCCGAGAAGGACGACAAGGCGGCGGUCGAAAAUGCGCUGACGACCCAGUUGCAGUCGAUUGAGAAGGACCUCGAGACGGCGCUCUCCGAGCACAGCCGCGCGAUGCUCGCGGCGCGUGAAUCCACGGCGUCGACCGAGGCGAUUGCACGCCUCCUCGAAGAAGAUCUCUUGUCGGCCAAAACCGCCCAUCACGAAGUCGAGUCCGGUCUCCGCCAGCAGAUCGCAGACGCUGAGACACGCGCGACAGCCGCGGCCGCGGCUCGCGUCGCUCUUGAAGAGGACCUCGCGGUGCUCCAAGGAAAGUUGCAGUUGGCCGAGGGAUCUGUCAACGACCAAGUCACUGCUCUCUCGACGCAAGUACACGCGCUCCUCCACGAGAAGGCAGAGCUCGAGGCCAAGCUGAUUGCCGCCGCUGAGAUCACGACGCAGCUUGAGACGCUGCAACAUGAGAAGACCUCCAUGUGCAGUGCGAUGGAAGCCCUCGAGCUGUCGCUGGCCGAAGCCCAAGACAAGGUCACGCGGCUUGGAUACCUCGAGACGCAGGCGUUCGAGGAGAAGCAAGCGCUCCAAGUUCGCGUCCAAGAGCUCACGAGCGACCUUGAGCAGCUGACGUCGACGCGGGCGACGACUGCGUCCGAGGAAGCCGCGGCGUUGCAAAGCGCGCUGUACACGCUCCAGGUUGAGCAUCAAGCACUGACCGAGCAGAUCCAGCGCCUCGAACAAGACAAGCACAUGCUCGAGACCUCUGUGGCAAGUGACCAUGCGCUUCACGCGAGCCGCAUUACGUCGCUCGAAGACAAGAUCCGGACGCUGGCGCAAGAGCUCGUGGAGGCGGCCAGUGUGCACGUGGCCGAGAUGACAGCGCAGAGCAGCGUGUGGGCCGACGAGCGCACGUCGCUCAAAUCGGCGAUAGCCACGCUCGAGGCCAGCGUUCGCGAGAAGGACGAUGCGAUCGAGGCGCACGGACGGACGAUGGCCAAGCUUGAAGAAACGCUCGAGGCCAACCAAGAUGCGAUGUACGCUCAGCGCGUUGCGCAGCACCAGGCACUCUCGGCGGCCGAGGCGGCGCUAGCGACUGCCAACGAGCACGUGGCGGCGCUCAUGGCGGCCAACGAGGCGCUGGAAGCGAAGGCGGCGGGCUUGGACGCAAAAGUGGACGAGCUCCAAGCGCAGCUGGACGUCGCCGACGUGGCGUCGACGCAGGUGCGCACUCUCCAAGACGACAAGUCGCACCUCGCCGCGCAAGUCGCGCGCUUGACGACGGCGCUCGAGGAAGAAGCGUACGAGAAGAGCGUGCUCGAGAAGGACUUGGACGAGGUCCGCGCGACGCUGGCCGAAAUGGAGACGGACCGCAGCAAGGUGCAGCGCAGCCUCGAGCUCGAUGCGGAGCAACAAAUCGCCCAGGUCGUCGAAGAGAAGGGCAUGUUGUACGAGCAGAUUGAAGGGCUCCAAGCCGACUACAAGCACAUCCAGAAGGAGCUCGAGCUCGUCAAGGCGAGCGAGCGCUCGCUGCGGCAGGAGCACACGGCGGUCCGCGACGAGCUCGACGUCGCCCGAUCGCGUAUCACAAAGCUAGAGCUUGUCAAGAUGACCAAGCACCACUUGGAGAUCUUCCAGACGCUCAAGCUCGACAACAAGAAGAAGACGCAGGAAAUUGCAUCGCUGAGCGCCAAGCUCGCGGCCAUACCCACCACGUCCGAGGCCGAGGUGCGCGAGCUCGAGGCGCGUCUUCGUGCCGAGCACGCCAAGCGCUCGGAUCUCGAAGACAAAGUGACGGAGCUGAGCCUCUCGGUCAAGACCAUGCAGAAUGAAGUCAAGAUCAAGGCGGCCGAGUCCAGCGCGCUCCAGAGCACGAUCGAGCAGUACGAAGUGCAGCUGCAAGAGCUCGAUGACGAGCUGCGCCGGAGCAAGGAGGCCCUCCAAGCGAGCGAAGAAGCCGCGAAAGCCAGCGCUGACAGCGAGCCAGCGUACCUCGUCAACGAGAACCUCCAGCUCCACUACGAGGUCAAGCACUUGAAGAAGCUCCUCGAAGACUACUCGCCGAGCGCAUUGACGGCGCUCCAGCCGCCGGUCGCCCCGCCGGGCUUCACCGCCGCGACGCCGGCCAAGAGUUAUGCGCCCGUGUCGGCGUCCGGAAGGAAGCUGACGCCGAGCAAGACGACGCCCUUGCGAAGUGCUGCGCUGCUGCACGAGCCGGCACCCGAGCCCGAAGCCGAGAAGCCCGAGUGCAAGCAGCAAUAAUGCAACAACGUUCGUGGUAUUGAUUGUAUGCUUAAAGCAGCUUGAUGAAGAC